GCGAAGCAAGAAGACGAAGACCGCAUGCUAUGGUUGUUCGGAGAUUUUCCGAAUUCACGAUCUUAAAGUCAUAUGAUUCACAGCAAAUAUAGCAACAAAUAUCUCAAUUGGUAUUUUCCAAAGUAACGAAACGUGCAUUGAGUUUGGAGCGACAUCUGAAGUGAAGAUUGAAGACGUGAUAGAAGAUGGACGACUACUGCUAUGCUAAGAUGGCGACGUCCGCUAAAAGAGAACAUGAAAGAGAAUCAGCGCCACCAACUUCCAGCAAAUCACCAACGGAGAUAAAGACGAAAGAUGAAGACGUCCAGCAGCUAAUCGGUAAUCCAGAAGAAGUUUCCCUUCAGUUAGGGGGGAGCUCCACUUUGAAGCAGGAGACUCCACAACCACCCUGCAUUAAAAAGGAAGAGGAGGAACUCUGCAUCACUCAGGAGGGAGAGUGUCUUCUAGGACGAGAGGAAGCUGAUUACACCAAGUUUCCACUGAGUAUUCUCUCUGUGAAGACUGAAGAUGAUGAAGAGAAACCACAACUAGACAACAUCUUAGCUCCACUAUCAGAUAGUGAGGCUGAAGACGAGGUUGAAGAACCUUUGAGCAGCGAUACAGACUGUGAAGGUGAUAUGAGGACUCACACUGACAACAAACACUCUGAAUGCUCUUCAAAGAAGAGAGGUAAAACAUCUUUGGGCUGCUCGGUUUGUGCUGAAAGUUUUACUAAAAAGAGCCUUUUGACUCAACACAUGAGAACACACAUAGGUGAAAAACCAUUUAAUUGUUCAGUUUGUGGCAAAAGCUUUCUUGUUAAGAGGAAUUUGACUCAACACAUGAGAACACACACAGGUGAAAAACCAUUUAAUUGUUCAGUUUGUGGCAAAAGCUUUUCUCGAAAUAGCAUGUUGACUCAACACAUGAGAACACACACAGGUGUAAAACCUUUUAAUUGUUCAGUUUGUUGCAAAAGCUUUCCUCGAAAUUGCCGUUUGACUGAACACAUGAGAACACACACAGGUGAAAAACCAUUUAAUUGUUCAGUUUGUUGCAAAAGCUUUUUUCAAAAUAGUAUUUUGACUCGGCACAUGAGAACGCACACAAGUGAAAAACCAUUUAAUUGUUCAGUUUGUGGCAAAAUCUUUUCUCGAAAUUGCCUUUUGACUCAACACAUGAGAACACACACAGGUGAAAAAACAUUUCUUUGUUCUGUAUGUGGCAAAAUCUUUUCUCGAAAUUUCCAGUUGACUCAACACAUUAGAACACAUACAGGUGAAAAACCAUUUAAUUGUUCAGUUUGUGGCAACAGCUUUUCUCAAAAUAGCUGUUUGACUCAACACAUGAGAACACACACAGGUGAAAAACCAUAUACUUGUUCUGUUUGUAGCAGAAGCUUUUCUAAUAAGAACAAAUUGACUCAACACAUGAGGACACACACGGGUGAAAAACCAUUUAAUUGUUCAAUUUGCGGCAAAAGCUUUUCUCAAAAUUACCGUUUGACUCAACACAUGAGAACACACACAGAUGAAAAACCAUAUAAUUGUUUAGUUUGUAGCAGAAGCUUUUCUAAUAAGAACAAAUUGACUCAACACAUGAGGACACACACUGGACUGAGACCAUUGAAUUGUUUAGUUUGUGGUGAAAGCUUUCCUCAUAACGGCUCUUUGUGGCGACACAUGAGAACACACAAAGGAGAAAAACCAUUUAGUUGUUCAGUGUGCUGUAAAAGGUUCACACAUAAUGCAGAUGCAGUAAAACACACAAGAACACACAAGGGAGAAUAACCAAGUAGCUGUUUAGUUUGUGGUAUGUUGCUCAUAUGUGGCGACAUCCACCCUACCCAGGACCUCCUCACUGCUUCUUUCACAAAUAUCUGAGGUAUUCAUACAAACUUGGAUUAUUUGGAGCAUAAUCUUAUCUACUCAUGACCCCAUGUCUUCUCUGUAUCUGAAACCUUCCUGAACAGUAAGAUAGAUGAUGCUUCAAGUGCUUGGUUACUCCUUCUUCAGUCCAGGGACCUGGGGCCUCAUGUGUCAAGUUUGUGCACGCUCAAAAACCUGCACUACACCCUUUUUCACUGCAAAGUUGAGAUGUAUCAAAACUGAUGUUGACGCAUAAGUGAUGCUGGGUAACUGUUUGCAUAACAAACUGCCAACUUUUACUCAUCAGACUGAUUGAUGUGCAAAUCAGAGACAUAUGAACAAUUAACCCCCAACACCCACAACCCAACCCCCACCUCCCUCGACAUUCGGGCAUAACAGGUUUGAGAUGAGUUUGCGAAUUGUAAAAUUCACCUGCUUUUUUAAAUGAAAUAAACUGUUGUUCUAAAUGUAUCCACUGGAUGUUGCAAUAGCAAUUCUGUUAGGCAAGCAAAUAGUUUAUACCGGGGCGAGCAAGUAUACCAAGCAAGAGGUACACGGUAAAGCGGGGCUGUGACUCCUCCCCCUCCACCCAACGUAAAACAGGAGUAAAAUAAGCAAUCAGUAACCCCACUUAAAAUGAGCUUUAUUCAUUCUUUAUUUUGUUUUUGUUUAAUCCUAGAUGUCGUUGUGACUUAAAGUUUAAUUGCUUUAUAGAAACACUGAGAUUAAGUCUAAAUUAAUUGUGUUCUUCAAGGUGUUUUUGAAGCUGCAUCAUUUUUUAUCCUCAGAAUUUGUAACUAAUUUGAAGUAUUUUGUCAAGAUGAUUGUUUGUGAU